AUGUGGUUGACUGAGUCGCAGAAAUUCGGGGUUGCGUUUACGUUCGGAGGCUGCUUGUUCUUCCUGUUCGGAAUGUUCACACUGUUCGACCGUGCGUUACUGACGCUGGGGAAUAUCCUUUUCUUGAUUGGGGUCCUGCUGAUCAUUGGGCCGGCUCGGACAUAUACGUUCUUUGCGCGGCCGGCAAGCCGGCGCGGAUCGAUCCUGUUUGUGGUGGGACUGACGUUGAUUCUGUUUAAGUGGACGUUCACCGGGUUUGUUCUGGAGUCGUUGGGGAUUGUGGGGCUGUUUGGGAACUUCUUUUCGGUCAUUGUGCAGUUCCUGCGGUCGCUGCCGGUGGUGGGGCCUUUGCUGUCGCACCCGGCGGUGGCGCCUGUGGUGGACCGGUUGGCCGGGCUGCGGGUGCUGCCGGUGUAG